AUAAAUUUAUUUGUAGGUAGUAGAAGAUUGUAGUUGAAACAAUUCAUUCCAAAACUAUUAAAAUAUGUGAAUUCCUUAGAAAAAGUAAAUUAAUUUAUAACGCAUAAUGACUGUCAAUUGGUAUCAGUAUUAUGCCACAUUCUCUGUUUCAUUAUGCAUUUUAUCUGGUGCAAUGCACUUCGCUUGGCCGUCACCUUCAAUCCCCAAACUCUUGAACGGAUCACACACUCUCAAAAUAACCAGUAAUGAAGCUUCCUGGCUGGCUGUAAUGUCACUUGGCGGUUCAAUUUUUGGUGGAAUUACUGCUGGGCCCUUUCUCAACCGUUUUGGUCGCCUCAAAGCCAUGCUAUUCGCAAGCAUUCCUUAUAUUAUUGCAUGGUUGGCCAUAGCCUUCGCCACACACGUUUCUAUCUUGUUCAUAAGUAGAUUCAUGGUGGGUUUUGUGGAUUCGCUUGUGUAUACUUCAGUGCCGAUGUAUAUUGGUGAAAUAGCUGAUGCUCGAAUUCGAGGGUUACUGGGUUCUUACUGUGCGGUGUCACUCAUCAUUGGAAUGUUAUUAACAAAUUCACUGGGAUUGUACUUAAGUAUUUAUACAACUGCUUUGAUUUCAAUCAGUCUACCAGUUUUAAUGGUGUGCAAUUGUUUCGGAUUACCAGAAAGCCCUUAUUUUUUGAUUAUGAAAGGAAGGCAUGAAGACGCCAUCAAAAGUUUAAAGCGACUAAAACAACCAGAAAUGGUUCAAAGUGAAUUUGAACGGUUGAAACAAGCGAUUGAAGCCGAAACAACAAACAAAGCUAAACUCAUUGAUAUUUUCCGGGUACCGUACUAUCGAAAAGCUUUGAUUAUAACAACAUCUCUAAGAUGCUUUCAACAAUUGGUAGGACUCUCAGCGAUUACAUUCUAUACAGAAACCAUAUUUUUAGAAGUAGAAGGCGCAAUUUCUUCAGAAGUCUGGGUGAUAUUAUUCUACAUCGUAAAACUCCUAGCGACAAUUUUCACGUGUUUAAUCAUAGAUAAAACAGGCAGGAAACCAUUAUUAUACAUUUCAACAAUCGGAGUAACUUUAAACUUAUUUUGUGUUGGUAUCUAUAGUUUUUUAGAAGACGACAAACAAGUAGAUAUGACAAAUUAUGAUUACAUACCAAUUAUUGCGUUAUUUCUAUACAACAUUACUUAUAGUGUCGGAUUAGGACCAAUUCCUGUUUUGGUGUUAGGUGAACUGAUGCCAACGAAUGUCAAAUCGUAUGCAUUAUGUAUAGUAGAUAUGAUUUUCUGUUGCGUUGGGAUGUUAUCAUCGUUAUUCUUUCAGAAUACUAACGAUAGUUUUGGUUUAGGAGUACCGUUUAUUUCUUUUGCAUUUUGUGCCGUUUUAAGUAUUGGUUUUGUUAUAUUUAUUAUGCCAGAGACCAAAGGAAAAACUUUGGAACAAAUUCAGGAAGGUCUUAAAAUUUAAAGUAAAUAAUGUACAUAAAUAAAUUGUUAUAAUAUUAAAUAAUUAUUUAAUUAUACUUUAAUUAAAAUUA